AUGCAGACAUUUGAAGACGUAUGGUUACGUCCAAUUGACGUGUCGUCACGUCAAAAGUGUCAUAAUGACGUUAUGGCAGUUACGACAAUACGGGGGUUACGGCAGUUACGACAAUACGGGGGUUACGGCAGUUACGACAAUACGGGGGUUACGGCAGUUAGGACAAUAUGGAGGUUAUGGCAAUUACGACAAUACGGGGUUACAGCAGAGCAACAG